AUGGAGCUUGAUGCUAAAAGAUGGCCUGAUGCUCCGAAUGAUGAUCCCUCAGCAUUCUACAAGGUUCCGCUCUCUAGAGUUAUAUACAUGGAGCAAUCUGACUUCCAAAAUGAGGAUUCGAAAAAUUAUUAUGGACUUGCCCCUGGUAAAUCAGUCUUGCUUCGAUACACUUUCCCAAUCAAGUGCACCAACGUUGUCUUUGCUGAUGACACUAAAACUGUUUGUGAGAUUUAUGUGGAGUAUGAUCCCGAGAAGAAGAUAAAGCCAAAGGGUGUUCUACACUGGGUCCCUGAAUAUUCACCAGGAAAAGAGCCAACUAAGGUUGAAGUCUGUUCAUUUGAGAACCUCUUUAACUCCGAGAACCCAGCUGAACUCAAUGAUGAUUGGCUCACUGACAUUAACCCCCAACUCCAAAGUGGUUAUUACACGGUUGACAAAGACUCUAUCCCGGGAAAGCUUGUGUUUAACCGGACGGUCACACUCAAAGAUGGCUACAAGAAAGGUGGGAAAUAGAAACACUCACACCAAACAUAUGAACAUGUGCUGGUCAAAAACUCCUUAAAACCCCUAAUAGAGUUAAAUAAUGGAGAAUGGAAUAUUGGUAGAAAGGCACAUUGUGGCAACAA